CUUCUUCUGAAGAAACCCUGGGUAUAAAUUUAUCCGGCAGCAUUUCUUCCUCUCGAUAGCCAGGAAGAAGAGAGGUAGAAAAUGGCCGCGGCAGCAUCCCGCCCUCUCGUCACCGUCCAGCCCCUGGAGGGUGACAUGGCUACUGAUUCAGCUGCCACUGCAACCCUUCCCGAUGUCAUGAGAGCCUCCAUCCGCCCAGAUAUCGUCAACUUCGUUCACGCUAAUAUCUCAAAGAACAGCCGCCAGCCUUAUGCGGUGUCGAAGCGUGCCGGUCACCAGACUUCGGCCGAGUCCUGGGGUACGGGUCGCGCCGUUUCCCGUAUCCCCCGUGUUCCCGGUGGCGGUACACAUCGCGCGGGACAGGGUGCGUUCGGGAACAUGUGCCGUGGUGGGCGUAUGUUCGCUCCGACGAAGAUCUGGCGCCGGUGGCAUCGGAAAAUCAAUGUGAAUCAGAAGAGGUACGCAGUUGUUUCGGCGAUUGCGGCCUCUGCGAUCUCCUCGUUGGUGAUGGCUCGCGGCCAUCGGAUUGAAUCUGUGCCGGAGAUGCCUCUGGUUAUUAGCGAUUCUGCGGAGGGGGUUGAGAAGACUUCGGCCGCUAUCAAGGUGUUGAAGCAGAUUGGUGCAUACCCAGAUGCUGAGAAGGCGAAGGACAGCCACGCCAUUCGUCCCGGAAAGGGUAAGAUGAGGAACCGUCGUUAUAUCUCGCGCAAGGGUCCUCUGAUCGUGUAUGGUACUGAAGGUGCCAAGCUGGUGAAGGCUUUCAGAAACAUCCCGGGAGUGGAGGUGGCGAAUGUGGAGAGGUUGAAUCUGCUGAAGUUGGCUCCAGGUGGGCACUUGGGAAGGUUCGUCAUCUGGACGAAAUCUGCUUUUGAGAAGCUGGAUUCUAUUUAUGGUACCUUUGAGAAGCUAUCGGAGAGCAAGAAGGGUUACGUUCUGCCACGUUCUAAGAUGGUGAAUGCUGACUUGUCAAGAAUCAUCAACUCGGACGAGGUACAGUCUGUAGUCAAGCCGAUCAAGAAGGAGGUGAAGAGGGCACCCAUGAAGAAGAACCCACUGAAGAACCUUAAUGUGAUGCUCAAACUCAACCCUUACGCCAAGACAGCUAGGAGGAUGUCUCUUUUGGCCGAGGCCCAGCGUGUCAAGUCUAAGAAGGAGAAGCUGGACAAGAAGAGGAAGCCUGUAACCAAGGAGGAGGCAGCUGCAAUCAAGGCCGCUGGAAAAACCUGGUAUAAUACUAUGAUCAGCGACAGUGACUACACUGAGUUUGAGAAUUUCUCCAAAUGGUUGGGAGCCUCUCAGUAAAUUUUGUGUUCACGAGUGUACGGAGUAAGAAAAUUUCUUGCUUUUUUAUCUAAUUUUUUUUUUCUAUUUUGCAGCUUAGAUUUUUUGUGAUUGUUAUUAAAUUAUAUGUCUGCGAUAGAGUUAUUACAUUCUGAAUUGAUGUUUUUACUUGAAGACUUGUUAUGAUGAUAGUCCAGUGGUCUCAGACUUUUAAACAAAUUUAGCAGCUUGUAUUUUGAAUGUGAUUGUUAGUCUCCCAA